CAGCCCAGCCAGCUGUUUAGACGAAGAGCCCACAGCACCGCCUGCCCUUGCCAUGGUCGCUCAUGGGCGACACCGCUCUGAUGGGGGAGGAGAAGAAGGAGUCUUCUCGCGCAGGGAAAAACAUUGGCAGGGGGUUCUGCUUCUCAGAAUGGCGCAUCGACGACUGACACACAGACACGCAGGCACCCACACACACAUGGCCGACCAUCAAUGUCUCAAAGUCUCUUCCAGUCUGGCCACCAUACCUGUGUGUCGUCGUAGUUGACCCUGCUGCCGUUGGUGUGUGGGGUGUCCCCACGGUCCAAGUUGCUGGCGCGGCUGGCGGGGUGGCUGCAGGUCUUGGUGAGGAUCUGGCGGGGCGGCAGCUCGAGGAGCGGCUUGGCGGGAAUGCCCCCGAAGCGCGAGUGGCUGCCGAACUCCUCGCCCUUCAUCAUCAAGGAGCUGCCCACCAGGUAGGAACCCUCGUGCAUGUGUGUGCUGCAGAUAACAGACGGACAGGCAGAUCAGUGUGCUGGGCGUUCUCCAUCCAUCCAUUCACUCACUGGUAGAGAACGACGGCCCGCGUGCCGACGGUGCAGUGCCUGUCGAUCUUGAUGCGGCCCUAGACACAAACAUCAGCCAAGCCACACAAGCAUAGCAUCCCUCAGCCGCCCACCUGUUCUCUCUCUCUGUCUGUCUGCCUCCCUCCCUCCCUCACUCAACACACCACUCACCAUCUUCAUGAUUCGGUCCUCAAACAGGUGGCCCUGCACCGUCACAUCCGCGUUGAUGCAGCAGUCGUCCCCAAUCUCAAUCAGGUCAGGCUCAGUCAGAUGGGGAGUCGCCAGGUACACACGGUGGCCGAUCUUGGCGCCCAGCAGCCGGAACCACAUCGACAUGAAAGGCGUCCCCGAGAGCAUCCGGAUGAACGAGGCGUACGCCAAGUCCUCCUCCAGUGCAGUGCUCAGCUCCGCCCGCCACACGAAUGGCGACCACAGGGGCGCAUUGGUGUCCUCCUUGUAUCGGCCCACCAGCAGGUACUUGCCCUGCACCGCCACUAUCGCGUUGAUGCCGCCGUAGAUGAGGAACACCGCCGGGGCGAGGGCGAUCGAUGGCAUGCCCAGGUAGGCGUAGAGGACGUCCUGGAAGACCCACCACGCCAGCAGGAAGGCAUAGGUGGACACCAGCGGGGGCAGGAAGGUCCGGAGCAGCUCGAUGGACGCACGAAUAGGGUAGAGGUAGAGCGGGGGGUGGAAGGUGAGCCGGUCGGCGUCGGUCUUGACGAUGGCCCGGUUGGGGAGUCGGAAGGGGGGCGAGCCGAGCCAGGAGGUGUGUGGGGUGGACGACAAGGCGGGAGGGGGCGCCAGCGACAUGACGCCGAGCAGCACGCUCUCGCCGAAGUGGGAGCCGCCCGGCACACAGGCGUUGUUGCCAAGGAAGGUCCUCUCCUUAAGGACCACCUGCCCCCAGACAGACAGACAGACAGACCAGCCACUGACGUGUUUGUCUGUGAGUGCGUGGAUGUCUGCACUGCAUGUGCAUGUGUGUGUGCCGGACGGACCUUCUUGAGUGUCAUGUGCCUGUCGUGGCCCACUCGCCACCCGCCGAGGCCCACGAAGUCUGCCACGAAGCAGUCGUCACCGAUGUCGAGCAUAUCGGGGGUCCACUCGCGGGCAUCGCUGAUCUCAACACGGCGACCUGCACCACACACACACACACACACAUACACAGGUGUGUCUGUUUAAGUGGUAAGGUCAUGCGCGCUGCAGUGCACUUACCGAGUUUGGCGCCGAGCAUGUUGAAGUAGCUCCUCGUGAACAUGGUGGAGUAGAACUGGUGGCACACGACGGUGGUGAUCUGCUGGAUGGUGUAGUUCAUCAGCCAGCGCAGGUAGAACCACCCAUACAGAGGAUAGGACCCCUCGCGGAUGCGCCCCACCGUCAGCCACUUCAGAAUCACCUGCACACAGCACAGCACAGACACACAACAAGGGGAGAUGGCUGCACACUUGGACGAGGCCGCGACACAAUCUCUGUUUUGCAAGCUUACGGUGAAGGUGAAGAGUGCGGUGAGCCCGGCAAUCACGAAGGCGGGAGCGAAGAUGAUCGAGAUGACGAAGCCGUAUGUGAUGGUGACCCAGAUACCAAAGGUGAUGGGCGCCAUGAGGACCACACUCAGCCCGUAGGACGCCAGCAGGAAGCCGACAGUGAAGGCCAGCUGGACCAACACACCCACCUGCACACACCACACACACCACACCGACACCCCCGCCAUACAGACAGGUGACUUCUCCUUCCCACACACAGAGAGACACGCGGACACGCACCCACCUGCUUGUGCUCAGCCAGAUUAGUGUGGCUGUCGCUGUUGGCAGGGUGGGUGAUCUCGGGGUGACCCCCCUCUGCGUCCACCACUGCAACGGCUGCGGGCGCGCCCUCAAACCGAUGAUGGGCAGGAACAGUCUGACCUGCAGACACACGCAGAGAGAGAAAGAGACAACGGUGUGUGGCUCUCUCUCUCGUGUGCUGUGGGCGAAUCAUCACGAUCACGCACCUGGCAUCAGGACAGCGAGGUCGCCGAGGGUGGCUCCAUCCUCCAUAGACGCGCCAUGUUUGACGCAGGAGCGCAUCCCCAACACAGAGCCACGGCCCAGAUGCACACGGGACAACUUGAGCUUGCCGUCCUCCACCUCGACACACGACACACGCGCGCCCACGUUGACCACCUGCACACCACGGAGAGAAAUGAGGUCAUUGUUGGGGAGAGAGGGGAGAGGGAGGGAUGAUGUGCUGGCUGACCACAUCGUCUUCGAUCUCGAGGAGGUCAUAUCCGCUGACGAGGGUGGACGCAAUGUGCACAUUCCGACCCACCUUAGACCUGACAACACACGCGGUGAUGCGACCGACCAUCACACUAACACGCUCUCCCUGCCAUCCCCACUCACCCGAACAGCCGCAGCACGACAGGCGCGAUGGGCGUGCUCGCGAAGAUCCCGGCGGGCAUGCCGAUUGUGUGGGCGAUCCACCAUCUCAAGUAGAACCAUCCCCACAGGGGGUGCUCCCCUUCCUGCAGGUUGCCGAGAAUGAGCCACUUGAGGAAGGCUGCGGUGACGAGGUACAUGGCGAAGGAGCCGAAGGCGAACAUCGGGAAGGUCACGAGCAGGUAGCUCAGGGUGUAGUCCUCCAGCAGCAUUGACGUCAUGUAGAUGCCCACGCCCGUCCAGGCGGCCGCCGAACCACCCAUGAUGGUGAGUACGAUCAGCUGGAUGGUCCACACGGCCCACCUGGUCCACUGCGACACUGCCGCCGUGCCGAGCUGCCGCGUCGUGUGCGUCUUGCCGGCGCCCUCCUCGUCAAGGCAGUCGAGUGGGACGUGGUUCAGCCGGCACUCCUCCUGGAUGCGCACGCCCUGAUGGCCAGUGACACAGAACACACACACACACACACACACGUGCAUGUCUGAUGGGCUCCCAUCGCGAUGUGGGAGUGGGCUUACAAGGUUGCGCAGCGUCUUGGUGUCGUAGAGGUCGCGAACCGCCGUGGGCACCUGCCGACCCAAACACACACACACACACACACGACAUGGAGAUGCGUAGGUGCACCAUGCGCAACACGGUGUCUUGCUUGCUCUCUCACCAUGGGGAUCUUCUUGCGCAGUGCCGAGAUGAGCUGCGCGGCGCUGAGGGAGUUGCCGCCCAGCUUGAAGAAGUCGUCAGUCGCUCCCACACGCGGGGCGUCCAGCAGGUCCUGCCAGGUCUCGGCCAGGAAGGCCUCAAGGGGUCCCUCUGGCGCCAGGUACUCGCCCUCAUGGGCGUUCCCACAGGGCGCCUGCGAGCGACACACACACGGAAAAGAGAGAGAGAGAGAGGGGAAUACAGCCACAGGCACACGUGUGUGUCUGGCGUGGGAUGUGUGCGCACCGUUUCAGGUCCGGGUGGAGGGAACUUUUCGAUGGCCUUGCGGUCGACCUUGCCCGAGGGCGAGAGGGGGAUGGUGGCGACCGUGACGUAUCGGCAUGGCACCAUGUAGUCCGGCAGGAUCGACGCAGCGUGGGCCUUGAGACGGUCGGGCGUGAGGGCGUCCUGCGCAGUGCCGGGCUUGGGCUCGAUGUAGGCAAUCAGCCUGCAGACAGACAGACAGAAACAAACCAACCAAAGAGAGUGAAACACUCACUCGUAAGGGAGAUGCAAGCAGGUGCACGAGUGGCUGGCUGCUCACGUCUUGGAUCCGUUCUUGCCGAUGUCAGUUCUCGCGACGACACACACGUUGCCGACGCCCUCCAUGCGAGCGAUGGCCGACUCGAUCUCCGAGAGCUCCACACGGAACCCCCUUAUCUUGACCUGCGAGUCGAUGCGGCCCAGGAAUUCGAUCUCGCCCUUGUCAUUCCACUGCACCAGGUCGCCCGUGCGGUACAGCCGCAUGGGCCGCCCCCCGGCCUCGCUGCUCGCCCCCUCAGACACGCUCAUGCUCUCCUCCUCCCCCCUGGCAGAGCUCACGAGCGUCGUCAUGGACGGCACGGAGGUGUCGGAGCGGUCGGACCGUGAGCGGGCCAUCUGUGUGAUGACCAUGCGGGUGAGCUUGCCGUCCCUCUCCCUCUCCCUCUCCUUCUCGCCGCCGGCGCGCUCGAUGGAGACGGGCGUGGGAGCGUUGUCGGAGACGCACGAGGCGGCCUGUGCGAGGAAGACCCAGUUGGGCUGCGGGUGGGGGUGGCCGUCGGGGAUGAACUUCUCGGGGUUCAAAUCAGGACGGUUGAUGUAGCCACGGGCAACCGAACGACUGCACGCACAGAGAGACGUGUGUGGUGAGGAGCCAUGUCUGUCAUGUGUGGGGGUGGUAGUGUCUGUCGCUGGGUUACCCUCCGACGAGGAGCUCUCCGGGCUUCCGGGGGUCGGUGCACGGCUGGCCGUGGUCGUCCACAAUGUGUGCAGAGUAGCCCGGGAGGGGCUUGCCGAUCGUCACGGGCACGUCCGGCUGCAGCUCAGUGUAGGUCGCCACGACGGUGGCCUCAGUGGGGCCUGCUCGGCAAGUCGAGGCAACCACACACAGGACGUUCUAGCAUGUCACGUGCUUUGGUGUCUUUUCUCAUGUGUCUCGCCCACCGUAUGUGUUGAGGAACUGUCGUCCGAGUGCGCACCACUUGCUGACCACCUCAGGGGGGCAGGCCUCCCCGCCAGUGAUGACGAUGCGCAGCAGGGGCGGCGCUGGGAUGUCCUCUACCACACGCAACACCUGCACAACCACACACAAACAGUUCACCCCUGGCUGCAGGAGCUCGUGGGUUGGCACCUACCGUGGGGACGGUGGAGAAGACGGUGAUGCCCUUGCUGGCGAGGACGGUGCCGAGGGCAGGCCCCGCGCGCAUCGUCUCCUUGGUGCCGACGACCAGGGCCGCACCAGAUGCGAACGCCAACCUGCGGGAGGGAUGGAUGGACACAUCGGAUGCAGUGACGGCGUGCUGCCCGUAUGACGGUGUGUGUGAUGUGUGUGUUGAGCGUACCAGAUCUCCUCAACGGACGCGUCGAACGAAGUGGAGAAACCCUGGAGCACUCUGCAGCAGCACCAACACAGCAACACACAUGGGUGGGGAGCGGUGCCUGUGGACUUUUCUCUCGGCAUGGCCUGCCUAUUGUACCUGUCAUAGUGGUUGGUGGGGAAAGCCCUCUGCUCGCCGAGGACGAAGUUGACGGCCGACUGGUGCUCGAUGCACACACCCUUGGGCCGGCCAGUGCUGCCCGACGUGAAGAUGGCGUAACAAGCGUGCGAUGGGCCAACGGCCGGCUUCAAACACGGCAGAGUCCAGUCACUGCUCGAUGCGAUCAACUCGCUGUCAGGGGGGAAGGACACAAAUCAAUUAGGGAGGGAUAUAUGGUGCAUACGAGUCUCCUCCGUUGUGUGCUCACUUGGCCUUCUCGAGGGUGAGGGCGCAGGGUGUGCCCUUGGGCAGGGCGGCAGACCACGCGUGCAGUCCACUGAUGUCGGCCACAUCAGCGGCGGGCGCCUCGCCGCCCAUGUCGGUGAUGACGGAAAGGAGCUCGGGCAGGGUCAACACGAGCUUGGCGUGACUGUCCUCGAUCGUAGACCGGACACGCUCUGCACACACAAACCAUCCACCCCACGCACACACAAGCCGUCCUGAUCCGUCUGUUUCCUCCCUCCCUCUCUCUGAUUCCCCAUCCCAAUGGCUCACCAGCGGGGUACUCGGGGUCGAUGCUGACAUAGGCCCCUCCCGCCUUGAGGAUGGCCAGCAUGCAGACGUAGAACUGCCCUCCUCUGGGCAGGAAGACGCCCACCAGGUCGUCAGGACCCACGCCACACGCACGGAUGAGGAUCGACAGCUCGUUGGCGCGCGCAUUGAGCUCCCCAUACGUCCACACGAUGCCGUCCUCAUCACACCUGACACACACAUCCACGCACACGCACACCAUGCACACGGUGCACGCGCAGAUCUGUAGGAGUCCUUUCCCUACUCGACGGCGAUGUUGGUGGGGUAGGCAAUGGCGGAGUUCUCGAAUAUGUGGUGGAGUAGCGGUUCCGUUCCGCAGUGCGUGUGCGCCAGACGGGCGAGGUGGCGACUCACACCCGCAUCCGCCAUCGUCACCACUCACCAAAUGGCCAACUGCCUUCGACCGGAGGCCACUAAAUCACACCGUCACACCGCGGUGAACGCGGAUGACCGGCAGAGGACAGGGAAAGGAAGCAGGGAGCUGAACUCUCAGUCAGAAGAGGGGAAAACAGACGGAAUGACUGAGAGAGUGACCGAGCCAGGACUGCCUUCCGGAGAGGUGGCGGGAGGGUAAACCCGCCUAGGGAGGGCCAGGAAGGGCCAGAACA